AUGCCUCUCACCCCUGCGCCCCCCUUUUCCCCUCAUCCCUGGCGGCGCCUCCCCACACUCGUCAUCCCCUUCAUCCAACAUCUCUCACUCCGUGGCAUGGCAGCCAGUGUGGACAAGUAUCAGCAGCUGGUGACUCGCUUCCCCAGCAACGUGCAUCUGCACCUGCACAUGGGGCAGGUGGAGGCAUCUCAGGGCCGCAAUGAGGAGGCCAUGCUUCACUACCAAAAGGCCUGCACUCUAGACUAUGGCCUGCAUGGACGACUAUGCUCUGCUAUUGCUGCUGGUGAUGUUACUCACACUCAUCUCAUCCUUCCCAUCCCUACCCCCUCCAACCCCACAGGCUCGCACCCUAGACCCCUUCAACACCCGUUCAACGUGGCCUGCAUGGACGACCAUGCCCAGCUCCUCCUGUCACUGGUGCUGCUGGUGUCUCAUAUUGUAUCUCAACAACACCCCCACACCCCCCAGGCUCGCACGCUAGACCCCUUCAACGCCCGCACGCUAGACCCGUUCAACGUGGCCUGUAUGGACGAUUAUGCCCUUCUCCUCCUCUCCCGCCGCUCCCCCUCCGCCUCCUCCGCCCUCUCCCUCCCCAACCUGCAAGUCGACGCCAGCGUGGGGGGAGGGGGAGCAGCGGGGGGAGCAGGGGGAGCGGGGGGGGCGGAGCUGAGGAGGCUGACAGCGGAGAUGGUGGGGGUGGGGGCGGGGAGGGUGGAGGCGUGGGUGGUGGCGGCUGCUUUGUGGAUGAGCCGAGGGGAGCGAGGGAGCGCACUGGCAUAUGUGGAUAAGAGGGCUGACAGGGGAGAUGGUGAGGGUGGGGGCGGGGAGGGUGGAGUGGAGGCAUGGGUGGUGGCGGCUGCGCUUUGGAUGAGUCGUGGGGAAAGAGGUAGUGCGUUGGCUUAUGGGGAUAAGGUGGGUGGUAUGAAGUGGGGAGAGAAUGGGGAGAGUAGAGGCGUGGGUGGUGGCGGCUGCGCUGUGGAUGAGUUGGGGGGAAAGAGGCAGCUCUUCAACUGGACGACCAUCACUUCCCUGCUCUCCUCGCUAAGUCACCUUCUCAUCCUUUCAUCGCCAUGCUAUUUUGAUAUGAACUGCCACGCUAUACACAACGCCUACUCCCUCUCUCUUCAUGCCAUGUGCACUGGUUGGUUCUUCAGACUUUUUCAAACCAUCCCUCCUUCCUCCUCUCUCCUCCCCGCUCCUUCCCCGCCAGUGCGCCAUUCUGCUGCAGGCGGAGCGGUCACAGGCGCAAUUCUGCUGCAAGCAGAGCGGUCAGAGUCAGCAGCAGUAUCUGGCGCCAUUCUGCUGCAAACCGAGCGGUCGGAAUCAGCAGCAGUGGCGUCUGCAGCAGCGGCCAUUUUUCGGAGGGCGUACACACAGAAGCAGGACCUGCGGGUGUUCCAAGGUCUGGUCCGAGCCUACCUGCGCAUUCCGAAGCUGAAGGAGGCCAUAGCAGCGGCUCGGGAGGCAGUCAAGGCGUUUCCCAACUCUGCCAGUGCCUUGUCUCUUCUGGGGGAGGUGUAUCUGCAGCACAGCGACAGCAGGGACAAGGCCCGCAAGGUGUUUGAGGCGGCACUGAGGAUGGACGGCCGCUGUGGUGCUGCUGUCACGGGCCUGGCAGACGCGCACACCAUGGACGGGCGGCAUGCUGCUGCCAUUGACGUGCUGAAGCGCCACCUGGCAGUGGACGCUGCUUUGACCCGCCAAAAGCAUUCCUGCACUCCCCUCUCGCUCUCCAUGCGUGCAUACGACCAGGCUGCAGUGGAUGCGGGAUAUGAGGCGCCCAAUAACAGACACCCCCCUUUUCCUUUCCCUCUCGUGCUGGAGCGCCACCUGGCAGUGGACUCUGCUGACUGGAUCCACGUGAAGCUCGGGUUCGUCCACAUGGCGGCCAACCGGCUGCCCGACGCUCUGCACCAUCUGCAAACGGCUCUCAGUUUCCUCUCCCCGGAUAUAGUUCUGCUUGUAUGCAUGCCAGCACGCUACAUGCCAGCACGCCACAUGCCAGCACGCCACAUGCCAGCACGCCACAUGCCAGCACGCUACAUGCCAGCACGCCUCAUGCCAGCACGCCAGCUUCGAACAUGCUAG